UCAUGUGCACUCAAUCAUUAAUAUAAAAUAGCAGUUUAAGCUCACUAGAGCACCAAAGUCAAUCGAAGUCUGAUUCAGGAACCGUCAACUACAUUUUUAAAUUGAAACCAGAAUUUCGUUGUCACAAACCAAAAUGAAAUCAUUCAUUGGUUGCGCCGCUUUUGCUGUCAUCAUCGCCACGGUAGCCUGUGCCCCGCAGUUUGGAUUUGGAUCGUCCGGAGCUGGAGCCAACGCGGCAUCCCAAGGUAUGGGCAUGGGUGGUGGAUUUCCCGGCAUGGGUGGUGGAAUGAGCUCCUCGAAUGCAAACGCUGGUGCGCAAGGCUUCGGAAUGGGCGGUGGAUUUCCCGGAAUGGGUGGAGGCAUGGGUUCCUCUUCAGCAAAUGCAGGCGCUGGUUCCCAAGGAAUUGGAAUGGGCGGAGGCUUUCCCGGAAUGGGAGGCGGCAUGAGUGCAUCGAAUGCAAACGCUGGAGCACAAGGAAUGGGAUUCGGCGGAUUUGGUGGAUAAACUUUCGUUAUUAUGAUGGAAGUGAUGCUUUUUGGUGUUCAUAUUUAUUUUAGAAGAAUCGUACGGAAAAGUAUUUAUAUUAAAAAUAAAGAAAAUCUCACGCAA